AUGUCCAUACAUAAUUUCGCUGCAACGAAGGUAAUUGGUCCCUUUUCAAUAGAAGACACAGGAGCUCCGCCUCAGUGCAGCGAAUACAAACUUGUCGUCAUCGUCCACGGGCUCGCCUGGCCAAGUGGAAUAUUUACCCGCCUUCUUCCCUUCGCUCCUCAGCAUGGCGCGCGCAUUAUCCUCGUCAAUCGCCGCGACUAUCCCGGAUCGACACCUUUCAGUGACUCUGAACAGCAGCUUUUGUCCUCUUGUCUUCCAACUACGGCGGAGGCCGCUCAAAACAUGCGGUCGUACAUGAAGGAUCGUUCCCGGGAGUUAUACCACUUUCUCGUCGAGGUGGCCACCACAGAGGCUAUUCCUAAUGUUUCGGAGAAGAGCGGAAUGAUCGUCGUGGGCUGGUCUUUGGGAUCGGCGUGGAUUACUGCGUUACUAGCGCAUCUCGAGGAGUUCGAAGGGGCUGGGAUAAUGCUCCAGUCCUAUGCUCGAAAGUUCAUUUGUCUAGACCCACCUUACGGAGCUGUGGGCUUUCCGCACUAUUCAGAUCUGCGUAUGCCCUACGACACCUGA